GCGGCGGCGCUCUGAGGAGAAAACCAUGAGGCCCGGCGCGGGCGAAGGCGGCAGCGGCAGCCGGCCUAUUUUUAGCACCUCAGACCUUGAGAAGCAAGAAAAGGAAAGUGAUGAUCUGACAGACAGUGAAGAAAGCAUCUUCUCCGGGCUGGAGGAUUCUGGGAGUGACAGCAUCACGGAAGAGGAGGAAGACUAUGGCAGUGGAGUUGAAGAGAAGUCAGAAGGCGUCUUGCCCUCGGAAAAUAUGCAACCUGGAGAAGCUUCCAAGAAGCACGUGCGAUCGUGCCGUAAGAUCAAGAGCACAGAAACUGAUCAGCAGGAAUCGCCUUUGGAGAACGAGUAUGCAGAAGACAGCUCCGAUGAGGAGGACAUCCGCAACACGGUGGGCAACAUCCCCAUGGAGUGGUACCAGGACUUCCCACACAUUGGCUAUGACUUGGAUGGCAAGAAGAUCUUCCGGCCCAUCCGCACCAAGGAUGAGCUGGACAAGUUCUUGGAGAAGAUGGAGAGCCCGGACUACUGGCGCACCGUCCACGAUAAAAUGACAGGCGUGGAUGUGAAGCUGACCGACGAGCAGGUGGAGCUGGUGCACCGUCUCCAGAGGGGCCAGUUUGGGGAUGUGAAUUUCAACCCGUACGAGCCGGCCGUGGACUUCUUCAGCAGCCAGGUGAUGAUCCAUCCAGUGACGAACCGCCCAGCCGACAAGCGGAGCUUCAUCCCCUCCCUCCUGGAGAAGGAGAAGGUCUCCCGGCUGGUCCACGCCAUCAAGAUGGGCUGGAUCAAGCCACGCAAGCCCAAGGAGGACACGCCUGCCUUCUACGACCUCUGGGCUCAAGAGGACCCCAACUCCAUCCUGGGGCGGCACAAGAUGCACGUGCCUGCCCCAAAGCUUCCUCUGCCCGGCCAUGAGGAAUCGUACAACCCUCCGCCAGAAUACCUUCCCACGGAGGAAGAGAAGCUGGCCUGGCAGGAGCAGGAGCCCUCGGAGCGCAAGCGGAACUUCCUGGCCCAGCGGUACGACUGUCUGCGCCGGGUGCCCGCCUACCCCCGCUUCAUCCACGAGCGCUUUGAGCGCUGCCUCGACCUCUACCUGUGUCCCCGCCAGAGGAAGAUGCGGGUCAAUGUGGACCCUGAGGACCUGAUCCCCAAAUUGCCCAAGCCACGGGACCUGCAGCCCUUCCCCACCGUCCAGGCCUUGGUCUACCGUGGCCACACCAGCCUUGUGCGUUGCCUUAGCAUCUCCCCUCGUGGACAGUGGCUGGCGUCAGGUUCCGACGACGGCUCGGUGAAGUUCUGGGAGGUGUGCACGGCGCGCUGCGUGAAGACCCUCCCGGUGCACGGCGCUGUGAAGAGCGUGGCUUGGAACCCCAGCCCCACGGUCUGCCUGGUGGCCAUCGCUGUGGAGCAGUCGGUGCUGCUGGUGAACCCUGGCCUCGGGGACAAGCUGCUGUACGGGGCCACGGACCAGCUCCUCGAAGGCUACGUGGCCCCAGAGGAGGAGCGGCCUCAGCCAGUUGUGUGGGAGGAGGCCGCUGGAGAAGAUUGGGCCCAGGGCGUGCGGCUCGUGGUCAGGCACGGGAAGCCCUUGAAGCAGGUGACGUGGCACGGGAAAGGGGACUACUUUGCCACGGUGGUGUCCGACAACAGCCACCUGCAGGUGCUGAUCCACCAGGCGAGCAAGCGCUGGAGCCAGGCGCCCUUCCGCCGCAGCAAGGGCCAGGUGCAGCGCGUCCUCUUCCACCCGCUGCGGCCGUUCUUCUUCGUGGCCACCCAGCGCUUCGUCCGCGUCUACAACCUCCUCAAGCAGGAGCUCACCAAGAAGCUGCUCACCAACUGCAAGUGGGUCUCGAGCGUGGCCCUCCACCCGGGAGGGGACAACCUGAUCUGUGGCAGCUACGACAGCAAACUCGCCUGGUUUGACCUGGACCUGUCCACAAAGCCCUACCGGGUGCUGAGGCACCACAAGGCAGCCCUGAGGGCCGUGGCUUUCCACUCGCACUACCCACUCUUUGCCUCGGGCUCAGACGACGGCAGCGUCAUCGUUUGCCAUGGCAUGGUCUACAACGACCUGCUUCAGAACCCUCUGAUUGUGCCGGUGAAGGUGCUGAAGGGCCACGCGCAGAGCCACGACCUGGGGGUCCUGGACGUCCUGUUCCACCCCAGCCAGCCCUGGCUCUUCUCUGCAGGAGCAGAUGCCACCAUCCGCCUCUUCACGUAGCCAGCUGCCCGUCUCUCGGGGGCAGGGGCAGAUGGGACUUCGUCUCUG